AUGAGUUCACUCAAUCUUCCAAAAUCAAAUUCGUCUGUCUCUGUUUCGAUAAUCGACACGACAGCAUGGGCAUACAAAAUACCCUGCGAGAUGCUCUUCUACCCCCGCUUCAAGGGUCUUAAGACAUUCGACCUCUGCUCUUACGCUUUCCUCAUCACUCACGCCAAUGGCGAUUCGAAGCGGCGACUGCUUUUCGACCUGGGGAUCCGCAAAGACUGGAAGAAUCUCGUGCCUGACAUGGUGGAGAAGUUUCAGAAAUGGGGUACAGCGAUUGAGGUGGGCAAGGGGGUCGCCGACAUCCUGCAGGACAACAAUGUCAACUUGGAUGAACUCGAGGCUAUAAUCUGGAGCCAUCUGCAUUGGGAUCACACAGGUAAUCCGUCAACCUUCCCCGAAUCGGUGAAAGUCGUAAUGGGACCCGGAAUCAAAGACAAAUGCAUGCCAGGAUGGCCCAAAAACCCCGAUUCAGAGUUCAACGAGGCUGAUAUAGCGGGGCAUGAGGUGGUUGAGAUUUCGAGAAACGACUUCGAUAUGGAAAUCGGUGGCAUGGGCGCAUGGGACUACUUCGGGGACGGAAGCUUCUACAUCCUCGAUGCUCCAGGCCACGCACUUGGCCAUGUUAAUGCACUAGCAAGGACAAGUGUCUCGCCCGAGAGCUUUAUCUUCAUGGCAGCAGACAGCGCCCACCUGGGAGGCGAGCUGCGCCCUUCCGAUACACUGCCGCUUCCCGAGCUCAUCGACGUUCCUGGCCUACAACUGUGUCCCUGUCCUUCGAGCGUGCUCCUGCGAGAACAUCCGAGGAAUUCGUCCACCCUCCCGUUCCUCGGUUUGGAUCCCAGCUUCCCCCUAAACUUGAAGGACGCUGAGCAAACAAUCGAGCGGCUGCAGGCCUUUGACGCGGAUGAGAGGGUCCUAGUGGUGUUUGCGCAUGACGUGUCGCUCUUUGACAUUGUAGACUUCUUCCCUGCGACGGCGAACGAGUGGAGGCAAAAAGGCUGGAAGGAGAAGGGGAGAUGGUCCUUCCUACCCCAUCUACAAAAGGUUGCACGAGGAGAAGGGGGAUCAUAUUGA